CAAAAUUAGCAUUCUUCGAUCCAAGCACUAUUUAUUUAGUUAUUUAUCAAUUAAAUCUAGGUUUAUUAUUGUUAUAUAGUUAAUAUAAAAGAAUAAUAUUAAUAAUUUAAGUGAAAAAUUAUGGAGGAUUUAGAAAAAUUGAGUUGCAAAGAGGAGAUGAUGGAAAACAGUGAUGUAGAACACUCUGCCAAUGAUGAUCAUAAGGACACAGACGAUAAACCUCAGAAGAAAAAGAGAAGACGUCGGGAAGUUGACAUGAUUAAGCUGUCUGAUGAUGAAGAUGAGACGGAUGAUGAGAGUAUAACCAAGAAACUGCUGCAACAUCUCAGCCCGGGCCCUAACUCACCUGCUUCUCACCGGGAACCUCGGACAUGUGUUCUGAAGGCCAGUCAAAAGCGCCGUCCCCUAUCCCGGCUGCUAGAGCAGCUGCUCCGUAACCUGGAGAAGCGAGACCCUCACCAAUUCUUCGCGUGGCCCGUCAACGACAACUUCGCCCCCAACUACUCCAACAUCAUCAAGAAGCCCAUGGACUUCUCCACCAUCAAGCAGAAGAUUGAUGAUAAUGAGUACAAGUCACUUAAUUGUUUUAUUAGUGACUUCAAGUUGAUGUGCAACAACGCUAUGAAGUACAACAAGCCAGGCACGGUGUACCACAAGGCAGCCAAGCGUCUCCUGCACGCUGGACUCAAGCAGCUAACCCCACAGAAGCUACGGCCACUCGGAGACAUGCUCACAUACAUGUACGAGAUCCCAAUCAGAGAGCUCGGCUUCGAUAUGGGCAAGAUGGAUGUGAAGGUGCUGAAGCGCAGCUCGCCCCUCAAGAGUGGCGGGGGCUCCGAACCCGACACGGCGUCUGACGGGGGCGAGCGCUCCGCCGCCGACUGCCGCAAGAUGCAGAUGGAAGCAGCGCGAGAGAUGCAUCGACGGAAGUUGGCUAAGAAAGCGUUCCCCCGCAUGGACGCGGAGGGCAAGACGACCCUAGCGCUGGUGCCGGCGCCGGCAGAUGGCCCGGCCGACGAGCGCAUGACCCUCGGCAGGCUGGUGGGCAAAUUGACGCAGGGCACCGGCGCACUGCAUACGCCUCGCGAAGACCGUCGCAACCUGGCCAAGUGUGUGAAGCCGCUCAACUACGGCCCAUUCUCGUCGUUCGCGCCUGCGUACGACGGAACCUUCGCUACGCUCACUAAAGAGGAGUCACAUCUGAUACUGCAUACUUUACCGUACGAGACGGGUAAAGGCAACGAGGAAUUACUCCGAUUCGCUCCUGACUCCCCCUGGACGGCAAUCUAUGACAUGGAAGCCAUGUUUCCUGAUAAAAAGCAGCAAACUGACACUCCGCCCGCUGCUGAAGAUAAGGAUCUAUCAAACGUAAAAGUGGACAUCGAGCAACUGCGCUCUCUGUCCACCCUGGGCAUUGACGUGGACUUCUUAUCCGAAAUAGAGGACGACGUGUUAGCCUCCCAGCAGGACUACGGACUCGCCCCCGCGCUACGUCACACGCGAGACUUGCUGGCGAAGUUAGAGAAGGAGCAGCGAGACAGGCUGUCGCAGCCGCCGCCGUGGCACCUGUCGCUGGCGGCGCGGCCGGGCGCGUCGGAGCGCGAGCUGGCGCGGCUGGUGGCGGCGUGCCUGCGGGGCAUGGCGGCGCGCGUGCCGCCGCGACACGUGGCGCCGCUGCCCGCGCUCAGGAGGGCCAUGGGCGUCACGCUCGACCACCUGGACACUCCGAUGGCGGUGGACGACUUCGACGAGCGCGAGUCCCGCGAACUGCGCGACGUGUGCUCCGACCCCGACAGCCGCAGCAGCCACGACAAGUGAUCGCCCACAACACACCCUCCAACAUAGUUUUAUUCUCUACUAGCCUUCCCCGCGCAACCACACGUGGACUUCAGUUUUCGGGGUGAUUUCCAAGAUAAAAACUAGGCUAUGUCCUUUCCAAU